AUGCUGGCACUACACUACCCUGACCUGAUCCCCGGAUAUGGAACGAACUGCUACCAAAAAAUUACCCUCUCUAAUGUACGCAGUAGGCCGGCCAUUGGAAUCGGCGACGGCAUGCUACGCUACCUCUCUAGGUAUGCCCGCAGCGCAGCCCAGAGAAGAAUCUUAAAAGAGCAUCUUGGGUUUUUGUUGCUUACCAGGAGCCAGCUCCGUCGGGUUACCGACGCUGCGACCGACGCCCCGGAGGGUUUGGAGCGAAUGCGACGCUCAGAGUUGCCAAGGGGAUGA